GAUGCUGAUGCCGAAGAUAUUCAGUUUCCUAGCACAAUGUCGAUCUCUUUCAUCUACCACAGCCGGAAUAACAAAAACCCAUCGAAGUGUCUAUGCUAGAACGUAUCCUACAAUCGUGGUACUUCCGGAUGGAUCCAGUUUUAGUAUUCGUUACACAGAGCCCCGAGAAAUAAUCAAGCUUCCUUUGGACUUGAAUACCCUGUCUGAGGAGGAGAAAAAAGUGAGACUGGACAAGAGGAAGCCUAAGAAGAAAAUCCGUGUAUAUGAGGAAGUUGAUGAUUCCUUCAGCUCUCAGAAGUAUCUUAAGAUGUUAAAAAAGAAGUAAAAUUGGAAUUUAUAUUUUCAAUAGAAAUUUUGAGGUUAUGUAAAUAAAAAAGUAGGGUUAAA